CCUGUGCUGAAUAGCAAUUGCCGACGCAGGGCUUGUGUUAUAAAUAGAAGAGGUUCAGGGCUGGGAGGCCUGGGGACUGCCUGCCACCCCCUCACUUGCCAGGUGGCCCUGGACACUCCCCUGAAGACCUGGAGUCUGCAGACUGUGGACAUUCAGUCCCUGCCAGUCCAGGACAGGCAGACCCCAUGGUGCAUCCUGGCCAUACCACACCCCCUAGAGAUCCUGUCCGGGAUGAUCUCUGCCGGCUCUGGCUCUCGCUCCUCCAGGGAGGCCAUGCUUCUGGACCCCCACGAUCCUCCCAGCCCAGCCCCAGCCCAGCAGGGCACCUGCAGACCCCCGUCAGGGCCCCUCGGGACGGUGGCCCAGGGAACCCAGCACUCCGCCCCCUUCCUACCCUGGAAAGGCGCUUUCCCAUCAAAUGAUGUGCCCUCAGGUGACACAGCCGCCUGUCACUCCUCCUCUCCUGGCAGGAAGUGGGAUCCAUCUGGCGCAGGAGGGAGAUCAAGAUGUGGUGCUGCUGAGCUCAGUCCUGCCCUGUCUAGGAACCUGGGAAGAACAGCCACUGUCCAGCACACCUGUCCUCUGCAGCAUGCAGAUUCCAUGAUGGUGUCCUCAGGCUGCCUACCCCCUAUGCCGGGAAGCCGAGAGGACAAAGAGUGGCUGCAGAUCACGGAAAUUAAAGUGUUCAGAGGAGCAAGGAAGACAGCAGGCCAGCAGCCGCCCGUGGAUGCCCACGUUGCGGGCUUCUGUCCACCUGAAAGCCAGUCCUGCCAGAGAGCGGCUGUGACCCAAGAGGGAAGCGGAGCCAGAGCCCACGGUGGAGCUGCUCGGUCAGGGCUGGUCACGGCGGGGGCAGCCUGUGAGCCUUCUGACCCUGUCUGACCCCAGCCCUUUCCUGGCCAGCCUCCUCUCUGAGCCUCCAGGCUGGGCCUCCGUUCCCUAGUUGCAGAAUGGGGUGACAACGUGGGCAGCGUCAUGCACACAGCUGAGCACUGCAGCCUGAGUCUUCCCGCCCUGCUGAUGCCAGCCAGAGCUGCUGCUGGGCUGCCCGUCAGUGCCAAGGCCCUGGGACCCACCUCCAGACGGCGCCGGGCUCCAGUCUGUUUGCUCAACAGAGAGCCUGGCAGGCACAGUUCCCCUGGUUCCAGCCCCUUUUUGAACCAGAUUCAUUUGAUUUCUCAUCUUUAUUUUGGCAGGAAAAAAAAUGUAAUUUCUAAUUUAAAAAUGUA